GCAUAGUCAGUGCCGCAGACAGAGCCGCGAGCAGAGAGAGUCAGUGCCGCGCAUGCGAGUAUCGGAGGAGCACCGCUUCUGUACUCACUUUCUGUAGGAGAGCUGAUGUAGCCAUGAAGACUAGCUCACCCAGGGACGUGCAUUUUUGGAGGGUUCUGAGCAUCGUGCAGUUGCUCUGCCAAAUCUUCAUACUCUCAGUAAAUACUGGCGCAGCUGCGAAAACCACAGGUCGUUCCCAGAGCAAUGGCUUCGUGCCAGACGCACUUCAGGAGCUGCAUAACAAAACCGAGAAGGCUAUGACCCAGCCAGGCGACAUCCAGAAGUUAUACAACGAAACAACAAAGGAUGUCACCGGGGUGUUCCCCGCCAGCAAAGCGGAGGUUGAAGACUUGCGGGCAGAAAUCCGGACAGAAUUUGCCAAAGAGAAGGCCCUUCGGCAGGCCAUCACUGACAAAAUAAAGUCAUUCACACCGGGGGGUUUCAAUGGCACGAAUGGGCUCGGCGGUCCAACAGGGCCCAGUGGCGCGGACGGCAAAGACGGCGCGACCGGCACCAUCGGGGAGGCGGCCACCGGCGCUACCGGCGGCACCGGCCCGACCGGCCCCACCGGGCCAACUGGCGCCAAUGGCACGCUCUGUGUGGAGCCGCCAGUGUACUUGGACUUUGACGAGACUGAGGGUCCCAACCCCAUCGCCAACGCCGAUCACUCGACCCACCGACUCGCGGCCGCAGAUGGUGCAUCCGCGGAUCCGCCCUUCCCCACUAGCUUCACCUACCACGGCCUGCAGCUGACGCCCCUCGGAGGCACCAGCAGGAUCUUCAAUGUGGAUGCCCCUAAUGGAUUUGUGCCUGCCUUCAACAACAACGACACCCUUUUUCUGGCUGUGGACUCUAUCGAUCCUCCUGUGGGCAGCCUCACAAUCAGCGCUGCAGCUGGCUCGUUUAGCGUGUUCAGCCUCUACACUUACGCCUUAGCCUGCGGCGGUUUAUCUCCAGUCAGCUUAGCGCGCGGCCGCAGGCUGACCCAGUCUGAUUGCCCUGGCGCAGAGGUGCAGAUCAUCGGAACCCUGGCUGGUGUUCCCGUCGAUGCAUGCAAUGUCGGCACCAUUUCCUUGCUCCUGCCAUUGCCGCAGUAUGUGACAUUCCCUCCUGGCUGUGUGUUGGACACGCUGCAGUUCGUUCCCAAGGGCGUCUUCUCUCUGGCAAUUGACAACAUUGUCGCCUGCGCUGCCUCAGCAGACUCAUCGCUGACACUGGCAGCAUAAAACCUUUGACAGCUGGGGUUUACAGGAAUCAAACCAAGCAAGACUACCAUCCGCACCAGGGUGAAUUCAAUAAUGUAGAGCUUCACAGCUUUGAGCAAAUGUCUUUUGCAGCUGCACCUUGAUCAGUGCAAGAAAUGGUUUUUGCGUCAGAGGGAAUGUGUAAGUCUUGUUAGCCAGUUUCUGGGCUAGAUUGCCAAUCUCAGCAACUUCAGUAUUCUGAAAUUGCCACCAAGUCGGUACAGUUCCGACCAAGUCAGGGCCGUUGAUAUUUUUUGUUCAUGAUAUGGAUACCAUCUAGAUCAUGUCACUUACGGUAUCAGUGUGCCUUGGUGGCAAUUUUAAGUCAAUCGUAUAGUACACGACAUUUCCUGUAUCACAGUUGAGUAAGUGUCAUCGUCGAUCAAGUGGCUGGAGCCUCCAAUCAGACCUGGGCACUAUGGUGAAGGACAGCGGUGGCUCCUUGCAUGUCGUCACAUGCAAGAUCUUGUGACAAACUGCUACUGGCACCCAGCUUUUUAGGACUACACUAUUAAGAUGAUGUCCUUGGAGCACGGUGCCAAUAAGCUUAUAUAAGACCUUAAGACAAACCGUAUGAGGACUUUAACGUCCGGAUCAGGAUGCUGCUGCCAAGGCAUGCUCAAGACUUCCUGCGCAUGCGCUGGCUUUGUUGAAGGGUGGCUUGUAUACUGAUGACAUCACAGCUGUGGUGUUCACAAGGGGAUCACAAUUGUAAUAAGCUCAACCCC